AAGAAUUCGAGAAUAUAGCCCUGCACUCAUCCGGGUAUCUAAGCUCUACAAUGGUCGAUUAUCCCUUCGAAUACGCCGUUGAUGGCAUCACGACCAACGACAAUGCGCACGCGCGGACAAACUUUGAAGACUUUCCCUAUCUUGUCCUUGAUUUUGGACGGAAUGUUUCGAUAGACCGAGUAGAGAUAUUUGGAAUCUUGGACGCACCGUAUUUUCAACAUUGGCCCAGGCUUCACGACGUAGAAGUGAGGGUCGGUAUGACGGAUGAGUGGGAGUUCAUGGAGUAUUGUAAUUACUUCAUGGGGCCCGAUUCCUACCUAAUUAAGGUUGAUAUUAAUUGUGAUCAGUGUCUGGAGGGUCAAUAUGUCGUCUUCAAAAUCGUGAGCACCGAUUACCUGGGGGAGGGGAAUAACGCUUUGGUGGUAAAGGAGGUUAAGGUGUAUGGACGAUAAGUUUUCGGAAUAUUUACUUAACAUUAAAAGACAGUUAAUUAGGCCCACUUGAUAUUUUUUUUAAAAUUAAAACUAUAAUUUUUGUAAACAUUUGCCUUAUUUUGGUGUCCGUAUGUGUUUAUGAGUUGUUACUCAAACAAACUUUGGAAGCUCAAACGAGAAAGAUUUUUUAUAACUAAAAGUUUGGCGGUCUCCACAUUCCUGUGGUAUUGGUUGUCUUGCAUACAGUUUAGCAAACUGCAAAAUGAAUAUGAUUUAUGAUUUGCAUAAUAUUAGCAGACUAUUGCAUUUUAACAUGUAACCAUGCAUCAAAAAAGCUGCAAGGGCCAUUAAAAUGAUUAAAGCUGAUCUUCUCAACGUCAGUUGGUAAGCAGCUUGGUGUCUUAACAAUCCUUACGAAAUCGACUUCAUGAUGCGGGACUGUAUGCGUGCCAGGAAACCUGCAUUGUGCCCACCGUUGACCUUGGAACAUUGCAAUCGUCGCCUCCAGUUUGCUAAAGGUCGUGUCAACUGGAACCAUCAAUCAUAUCCAAGGAGUGCUUUGGACUGAUGAAUCCAGAUGUUGUCUGGAUUUCAAUGAUGGACGUAGGUGUGUAUGGAGCAAGAAGAACGAGCGAUUCAGGCAUAGAGGAAGACAAAUGGGAGAUUUAAAGCCUGUGGAUGGAUAAGGUGAUCAAUUAAUAUUUGGAAAAGAAAACAAACGAGAAGAUGGAUUGGCCAGCAUCUGACCUUAAUCCAAAGAGCAUGUAUGGGACAUCAUCCAGAGACAAAUACCAACUUGAAGUAAAUCCAAUCUAACACUCUCCACGAGCUUGAGAUUGCUCUUGUUGAGGAAUGGUCAAGGAUUCCCCAGGAUAACUGCUAAAAUUUAAUGAAAAGUUUUCAAAAUCCAAGCAGGGAAGUUUUGGGACUAGUGUUGGUCACACAAGAUGCUGAAAACAAAAGUAACUACAACAGUAUGGACUGAUCAUGUUUAUUAAUAGGUUUUUUUUUCCCUUUGAUGUCCUGUAUUGAUAUA